AUGGCGGCCACGGCGUCCGACCACUACGGCGUGCUCACGAGUAGCGCGUCUGUCGCGCCCUCGGAUGCGGUGAGCGCGCAGCAGGCGCCGUCCUACGGGGACGCGGCGCAGAGCCUGCUGCUGCAGAGCGAGUACGCCACGCUGCAGAGCAGCACCAACGCGCUCGGACACGCGCACCAGUGGCUUGCGGCGCUCUCGCAUCACGGAGACUCUUCGCCGUGGUCCUCGAGUCCGCUCGGCGAGCAGGACAUCAAGCCCGCGCUGCAAGGAGACGCAGACGAGCUCCGGCAUUCGCCCGUUUUGCAGCAGCAACAGCAACAGCAGCAGCAGUCGCGAGCUACUCACUUGGUUCAUCCGCACGAGGGCGCGCAUCACCACCAGGCGGCAGCUUGGAGGGCGACGAGCGCCGCGCACAUGGCCGCCGGCAUGACUGCGUCCAACGGACAGGGCAUGAUGUACUCCCAGCCGGGCUACGGUGGUCUGACUGCAGAGGAUGAGCACGGCGCGCACCGGCACGCCCUGAGCGGGGACGCGCGCGACGAGAGCGAGCACGGUCACCCGCACAGCCUAAGCCACGGCCACGGUCACGAGCACUCGGACGACGAUGUGCCCACGUCCGAUGACCUGGAGCACUUCGCCAAGCAGUUCAAGCAGCGGCGCAUCAAGCUGGGCUUCACGCAAGCGGACGUGGGCCUCGCUCUCGGCACGCUCUACGGUAACGUCUUCUCGCAGACCACCAUCUGCAGGUUCGAGGCGCUGCAGCUCAGCUUCAAGAACAUGUGCAAGCUUAAGCCGCUGCUGAACAAGUGGCUGGAGGAGGCGGACUCGACCUCGGGCAGCCCCACGAGCCUGGACAAAAUCGCCGCACAGGGCAGAAAGAGAAAAAAGCGCACGUCCAUCGAGGUGGCUGUCAAAGGGGCGCUCGAGAGCCAUUUCCUCAAGUGCCCCAAGCCCGGGGCGUCCGAGAUCAACUCCCUGGCUGACAGCCUGCAGCUGGACAAGGAGGUGGUCCGAGUGUGGUUUUGCAACAGGCGGCAGAAGGAGAAACGGAUGACGCCCCAGUGCGGAACGCUGGCCAAGGACUCCUACGGCGACACCCCGCCGCACCACGACGACCGGACACCGGUGCCGUGACCCCUGGGGGUCGAACCUGAUUCUUAUUUGUGCCGUUAGCGGCAGAGGGAACAGAAAAGAUAAGAAAAAACAAAAACGUGAGGGAGCCCAUAUGACACCCUUGAGGGACGCCGCGCGUUUUGUUAUUAAACAGUGGCGGACAGGGCGAAGGCGCUUCGAGGAAACGCUGCAGGAGCAGGUCGAUCGAUCCGUAUGGAAACAAAAACACUCGAGUAAACAAGAUGAAGCCCGAGGAUGCGCUCUAUAGUGACCAGUGGGAAGCGAGUUGUAUGGGAAAGGGCGCCCAGCACGCCGUCUUCCCGUCAUGGCCACAAAAUAACGUGUCAGUACUGAUGCAGGGUCUGCCAUUCCAUUUUACCCCAGCUACAGAGCUUGUUGUUAUUAUUAUUAUUAUUAUUAUUAUUAUUAUUAAUGUUGUUAUUAAUAUUUUUGUAAGCAUUAUUAUUAUUAUUAUGUUUAUUCCACUAUAUCUAUUUAACUUCUUGGCUUUGACAGCAGCACUGUAGU